CAUACGGCGUCUGUCGUUCGGACGAGAAAGGUUACCGCUCGUCCAUCGCGUGUGUUGUGCUUCCCUGUGCCCCCUAGUACCUGACGGACACUUCCAUCUCUCAGGACCCCGGGCAGUGCCCGGCCGCAGCGCGGCUUCUCUUGGAGUUUUCCCUUUAUUGUUGACACCCAGUGGACAGUUUGUGUGGUUCUAUCCGUGACGAAGUGAGUCGUGAAGUGUGUGUGACAGUGCCGGCGACAUGGCGACCGCUGCGGGACUCACCGUCCUCGUGGCACUAGUCGGAUUCGGACUAGUGGCAUGCGAGGACGAGACCAUCGGGCCGAUCUUCAUCAAGGAGCCCCCGAACCGAGUGGACUUCAGCAACACGACCGGCGCGGUGGUGGAGUGCGCGGCGCGCGGCUCCCCGACCCCUGACGUCAUCUGGGUCCGCGCUGACGGCUCCGCGGUCGGCGACGUGCCUGGACUGCGACAGGUGUUACCCAACGGCAACCUGGUGUUUCCUCCGUUCCGCGCCGAAGACUACCGGCAGGAGGUGCACGCGCAGGUGUACGCCUGCCUCGCCCGCAACCCCACCGGCUCCAUACACUCGCGCGACGUCAACGUCAGAGCUGUGGUGUCUCAGUCGUACACGGUUAAUUUAGUCGAAGAAAACGUACUGCGUGGAAAUUCAGCCAUAUUGAAAUGCCUCAUCCCGAGUUUUGUUACGGAGUACGUUUCUGUUGCUUCAUGGAUAAUUUCUGAAGGAGAAGUAGAAGAAAGGGAAAUUAAAAUAGAUGAUCACGAUAAUAAUGAGGAGGGGAAAUACUUGGUACUGCCAUCUGGAGAGUUGCAUAUUAGAGAUGUGGGACCCGAGGACGGAUACAAGUCGUACCAAUGCAGGACCAAGCACCGACUUACCGGAGAGACCCGGCUGUCCGCCACGAAGGGACGACUCGUCAUCACUGAACCGACAAAUAAUAUUGCACCUCGAAAAGAUUCAACUAAACACUUCGAGGGUUGGGAAGUAUACUUCGUACCUCGCAGCGGAGCUGCUUAUCUGACUUGUCAAAUAUCCGCAUUCCCUGUACCGGUGUAUAGGUGGUACAAGUUUAUCGAUGGCACAACACGUAAACAGCCAGUGACAUUGAACGACAGAGUUAAGCAAGUCUCUGGGACUCUUAUAAUCAAGGAAGCUAAAGUUGAAGAUUCAGGAAAAUACCUUUGCGUAGUCAACAACUCCGUUGGUGGUGAAUCCGUGGAAACUGUUUUAACCGUAACAGCUCCUCUUAAGACGACAGUUGAACCAGCAACGCAAACUAUUGAUUUCGGAAGACCAGCAGUUUUCACAUGCAGAUACGAAGGCAACCCAGUUAAAACUAUCACGUGGCUUAAAGAUGGCAAGGAUAUGAAUCAUCAUGAUGCUACAUUAAGGAUAGAGUCAGUGAAGAAGGAAGACAAGGGCAUGUACCAGUGCUUCAUCCGCAACGACCAGGAAAGUGCAGGCGCCAGCGCUGAACUCAAACUUGGAGGAAGAUUCGAACCGCCACAAAUUCGUCACAGCUUCGGUGAACAGACUCUGCGCUCCGGACCUUCCCUACGACUGAAAUGUGUAGCUUCCGGCAACCCCACUCCCGACAUCGCCUGGCUGUUGGACGGAGAGAAGCUGUCCAGUGGAGAGAGACUGCAGAUCGGACAGUUCGUCACCGCCGAUGGCAACGUUGAAUCACACUUGAACAUUUCCUCGGUCCAGACUAACGAUGGUGGAUUAUACUCUUGCAUCGCUUCAAGUAAAGUCGGCAGCUCAUCCCACGCGGCCCGCGUCAACGUGUACGGCCUGCCCUACGUGCGUCCCAUGAAGAAGCGCCCAGUGGUCGCUGGAGACUCCCUCAUCGCGCACUGCCCCGUCGCAGGGUACCCCAUCGACUCCAUUGUAUGGGAACGAGAUGGACGAGUCCUCCCGAUCAACCGCAAGCAGAAGGUGUUCCCGAACGGAACCCUCGUCAUAGAGAAUGUAGAGCGAAUGAGCGACCAGGCCACUUACACCUGCGUUGCGAAGAACUCACAAGGAUACAGCGCACGGGGAGCCUUGGAACUGCAAGUCAUGGUUCCACCGUUGAUAGUACCCUUCAGUUUUGGCGAUGUACCCAACAACCCUGGCGAUGCGGUGCAAGUCAACUGCUUGGCGACAAAAGGAGAUUUGCCGCUAGAAAUAUCUUGGACAUUCAGCAGCGACACGAUCGAUUCGAGUCUUCACCGAGACAUAGUGACGACCCCACUGGGGCCGCGCGCCUCCGUGCUGACCAUAAACACUGUCAGCGCGAACCACCAGGGGAACUACACCUGCAUCGUGCAGAACGCCGCCGGCCGCGCCGAGCACGCCGCCACGCUCGUCGUCAACGUGCCCCCACGUUGGAUUUUGGAACCCACUGAUAAGGCUUUCGCACAAGGCUCUGACGCUCAGGUCGAAUGUAAGGCCGAUGGCUUCCCGAAGCCCCAGGUCACAUGGAAGAGGGCCGAAGGAGACACGCCUGGAGAUUACAAAGACCUUAAGCCAAACAACCCCAAUGUAAAAGUGGAGGAUGGAACAUUGAGCAUUUCUAACAUUCAAAAAACAAACGAGGGAUACUAUCUAUGCGAAGCCGUCAAUGGUAUCGGAUCUGGAUUAUCUGCUGUUAUACUUAUUAGUGUUCAGGCGCCACCCCAAUUCGAAAUCAAAAUGCGUAACCAAACCGCCAGAAGGAGCGAACCCGCUGUCUUACAAUGCCAAGCCAAGGGAGAAAAGCCAAUUGGUAUCAUCUGGAACAUGAACAACAAGCGACUGGAGCCCAAGUCCGACCCCCGGUACACGAUCCGCGAGGAGAUCUUGCCAGGAGGAGUCGUCUCAGAUCUGAGCAUCAGGAGAACCGAACGAUCUGACAGCGCCCUGUUUACUUGUGUCGCCACCAACGCCUUCGGAUCUGAUGACACCAGCAUCAACAUGAUUGUUCAGGAGGUACCCGAAGCGCCAUACGGUUUGAAAGUUUUGGACAAAUCCGGAAGGUCUGUGCAACUGUCGUGGGCAGCCCCUUACGAUGGUAACUCACCUAUCAAGAAGUUCCUCAUUGAGUACAAACGCGCUAAGGGCAACUGGGAGAAGGACAUUGACAGGGUUUUGGUCCCCGGAGAUUCAAGCGAAGCCGGAGUGUUCAGUCUACGACCAGCCACCGCAUACCACAUCAGAAUUGUAGCUGAAAACGAACUUGGAACCUCAGAACCAUCGGAAACCGUUACCAUUAUCACUGCGGAAGAAGCACCUACUGGCCCGCCCCAAGACGUUAAAGUAGAUGCCGUCGACAGGAAUACCCUGAGGGUUACCUGGAAGCCACCCCCACCCCAAGACUGGAACGGCGAACUUCAGGGAUACUACGUCGGUUACAAACUGGGAUCAAGCAACAAAUCAUUCGUCUAUGAGACCGUCGACAUCUCCAAGGAAUCUGGCAAAGAACACAACUUGGAUAUCAUGAACCUGAAAACGUACACCCAAUACGCCGUAGUAGUGCAAGCUUUCAACAAGAUGGGUUCAGGGCCAGUGUCGUCCGAAGUCCGCGCGUACACGGCUGAAGGCGCCCCCUCCGCUUCUCCUCAAGACGUCCUCUGCACCACACUGACUGCUCAGACCAUCAGGGUAUCGUGGGUCUCCCCGCCAUUGGCUUCAGCAAACGGACUGAUCAAGUCUUACAAAGUUAUCUAUGGACCUAGCGAGACUUGGUAUGACGAAAAGACAAAGGACACAAAGAACACGGCAUCCAGCGAGACCAUUCUGCACGGGCUGAAAAAGUACACGAACUACUCGAUGGAAGUGUUGGCGACCACUAACGGAGGCGACGGCGUGCGCUCCGUGCCCAUCCACUGCCAGACCGAACAAGACGUACCGGAGGCACCUCGAGCGACCAAAGCCCUGGUGAUGGGCCCGGACUCGAUCCUGGUCUCGUGGCGAGCGCCGGCGCAGCCCAACGGAGUCAUCACGCACUACACCGUCUACACGCAGUCCGAGAAGUCCGAACCCCAUCCUAACAAGGUGCCAGCAUCACAGACGAGCUACUCGGCGACGGAGCUGAAGCCGGGCCGCCACGACUUCUGGGUCACCGCGUCCACCAUCAUCGGCGAGGGACAGCCCUCGGAGACCGCCUCCUGCAGCCCUAGUGACAAAGUACCCGCUAAAAUCGCAUCAUUCGACGAGUCGUUCACCGCUACAUACAAAGAAGAUGUGAAAUUGCCGUGCUUGGCUGUUGGCGUACCGUCACCCAACAUUUUGUGGAAGGUGAAGGGCCACCCGCUGGACGCAUCAGACCGCAUCCGCGUGCUGCCCGAGGGCUCGCUGCAGCUGGCGGGCGUGGCGCGCGACGACGCCGGCGAGUACUCCUGCCACGUCGACAACCAGUUCGGCACGGACACCGUCACGCACACGCUCGCUGUUCUGGCGCCGCCGUUCCCCCCUCAGCUCAGCAUCGCCUCAUCAUCAGUGUCGUCGCUCACUCUACGCCUGAAGCCCUCUGAGGAGACGGACCAGACGCCCGCCGGCUACACCAUCCACUACAAACAGGAGUUCGGCGACUGGGAAACUGUACAGGUUCCUAGCAACACUGACACCUACACCUUGGAUAACCUGUUCUGCGGCUCCAGAUACCAAGUCUACGUUACUGCUUACAAUGGCAUCGGCACUGGCGAGGCGUCAGACGUGGUGAUCGCUCGCACCCGCGGCUCCAAGCCGCCCGUCCCGCGCGCCGCUGACUUCAUGGAAGUGGGAAGCUCUUCCGUCACCCUGCACCUAAAGCAAUGGCUGGACGGCGGCUGCCCGAUGAGCCACUUCGUUGUGGAGAAUAAGAAGAAGGGAGCUGCUGAAUGGAACCAAAUCUCGAACGCUGUGAAACCUGGUGGAAAUUUCGUUGUUCUUGAUCUGGAACCCGCGACCUGGUACGUGCUGAGGAUCACCGCCCACAACAACGCUGGAUUCAACGUCGCCGAGUAUGAAUUUGCCACUCUUACCGUCACCGGAGGUACAAUCGCGCCGCUCCCAGGCAACGCUGACGGAGACAAAGAGCUCCCGAUUUGGAUCAAGGCUUGGUUGGAACCAGAAGUGUUGGUGCCAAUAUUGGCCACAAUCGUGGUGUUUAUUGUGGGCGUGGUGGUGAUCUGCCUGACGCUGGCUCGCAGGAACACCCCGCACCGCCUGCGAGGUCAGAAAGACAUGUACUAUGACGCCGUGUACAACGCGUCGCAAGCGGGCAACCUCGGCGGCGGCGGCGGCACAAUCGACAAACGCGGCGGUCUGCGCGACGAGCUCGGCUACAUCGCGCCCCCCAACCGCAAGCUGCCCCCUGUGCCCGGCUCCAAUUACAACACCUGCGACCGGGUUAAGAGGCAGGCUGUCAUCAUGGGCGCUCACUCCACAUGGGACCCGAGACGGCACCACUACGAGCGAGUGAGACGGCCGCUCCCGCCAAUCAGGAGGGCCGGAUCCGGAGACACUUACAGCACAGGCAUGGAAGACGAGAUCUGCCCCUACGCCACCUUCCACCUGCUGGGCUUCCGCGAGGAGAUGGACCCGCACAAGGCGCUGGCGUUCCCGCACCACCACCCGCACGCGGGCACCCUGGCGCUGCCGCACCCGCACCACCCCGCGCACUCGCGCGCCGGCUCACAGAGCAUGCCCCGCGCCAACAGCCGCUACGCCCGCAAGAACUCGCAGGGAGGGCAGAGCGCCAUCUACUCCACCGCACCCGAGUACGACGACCCCGCCACCUGCGCUGAAGAGGACCAAUACCGCGCCCGCUACUCUCGCCCGAUGUACGCCUGUGGACCCGAGUACGACGAGCCGGCGUGCUGCCAGCCCGAGGACGAGCAGUACACCGGCGCCUACGGGACCCCCUACUCCGACCACUACGGAUCCCGCCCCAGCAUUGGAACCCGCAAGUGCAGCAGCUCGCCCGAGCCCCCCCCGCCGCCGCCGCGCAACGCCAACCCCGACAACAACUGCUCCUCGUCCUUCAACGAGAGCAAGGACUCCAACGAGAUCUCCGAAGCCGAAUGCGACCAGCCCCGCAACUACCCUGUCAGAGCCCACAACGCCAAGGACGGACACUCCGAGGAAAUGAGGAAACUCAUUGACAGACCAGAAGGAAGCACCCCAGUCCCCCAGCAAGCAAUCCACGGGCGGGGGGGACUCACAGCCUACGAUACUGUGGCAGUGUAACCUGUAAGCGGGCAACUCCGCGCGCGGCACACUAGCGUCCCCUUCCCCUCAUAAAAAUUAAUUUACUUCAUCCCCCAUCGCGAAAAACAUCACCACUACACUCGAUCAAAACUUUACUAAACCUACCCGUUUAUUUGCAUUUUUCACACCUGGCAACACUGCCUUCCGCCAUAUUGAUUUGCACGUUAUCGGUUUGGAUCGAGUGUAUUGGCCUUGUUCGUGCCAAAUUUUGUAUCAUUUCCAUUUUUAUGUAAAACUGUCAUCGUGUGUCGCUCUUUUUUUCAACGUUUCUGUUUUAUGACUCAUCGUUUAUCCCAACUUAGUUGGCUGGAUUUAUUUUCUUAAUCUUAUUAUUAAAUUUGGACGCGCACAUUAUUUUGUGCCAUAUUAACAAAAAAACUUGACCUAUUUUGGGCUCAAUCUGCCUGUAGUAAAUUCCAGAGUUGAUAAGAAUAUCCUUAGCGACGGCACGUCACCUAGUGUUGCCAUACAAAAAAUAUGGUUGUGGUAGGUAAAUUGAAAUUGAUAUAUUGCAUUGUGGCGUGGCCAUGGAACCUUGAACCCAUCCAAAAUCUAUUGACCCCUCAGUCCACAACUCUGAUGCAUUUACAACAGGCAAAGGUACUGCUACGUCAGUGCAUUUUAAUUUAUAACGUUUAAGUUAACCUAUUUUUGUAUUAUUUGUUUAGCUUAAUUUAAAAUGAAAUGCAGGGAGGCUAUCGGGGUGCGAUUUUUGAAGGCGAUUUAAAUUAAGCUCAACAUGUAAACUGUAUUGUGAUAUUUUGUCUUUUUUAUCCCAUUUUUAUUUUGAAAUUAAUUGAAUACUAAUGAAUUUUAGUAAUUUGUACUCGUACGUAGAGAUAAUGAUAAUUUUAAUGGAUUCGCUCCGCUCAGCCUAGCAGCUGUUACAAUGCUUCCUUUUAAAUGUUAUACAUUUUGUAAUGCUUUUACCAUUUACGUUAUUGCCAGUCCUAUUUUGUAUAUUGUAAUGUGUUUUCUUAAUUGUUUUUCUUUUUUGCAUUUAAGCAUACACUACUUAGCAUAAGAUUAGAAUGUAAGUUUCUUCACUAUUAAUCAACACUUAAUACAAUGUACUCUGUAGUUAGAUUGUAACAGUAAUGUUACGUACUCGUAUUUAUGAUAAAAUUUGGAAUUUGAAUCAAUAUUGCAAUAUUAUACAAGUAAUAAUCAGCGAUUUUACAGUUAACCUAUAUAACGUAUUUAAUAUAAAAUAUACUCAACGAAAACUAUACAUCACAAACGACGCGGAAUUCAAAAAGCUUUUCAAAUAACUACUCUAGUAUAUUAAUGAUUAAGGUGCAUUUUAAUUAUUCAUAAUCAUAAAUAAACGUAAUUUUAAUCCUUCUAUAAUCUAUAAGUAUUGAAAGGAGCUAGUAGUAAGACACGGCGUGUCGCAUGUUAGAUGUUUCCAUUCUGUGUUGUGUCGUGAAGCUUCGCCUAGGCUCGUAGUUAGGUCCCGCGACUUCCUAGCAAACAGAAUACUUCUCUCGACCUUCCAUUUUAAAACUCGCUAAAAUUGAGAAAUUUAACGUAAAUUUAUCGUAAACAAAUUAAAUAAGAAUAUUAUUCGAGAUGGCUAUUUAAAUUGAUAAAUUAGUUAUAUGCAGCUGUAUGUCCGCACGGGGUUAGUCUCGGUUUGCUUACUCCCCGCACACUUGGUUCGCAGUGACCUGUCCCGGAUAAUUUGUACGGUUUGUUUUAAGAUGCGUUUCGAUAUGCCGCAGCUAACUGUUUGUACCAAAGUGUUUGUAUUUUGAUUUGUGUUGAAUAAACUACUCAAACGUCAACCAA